UCUGUACACAAAUAAGGUCAAGUCAAGUAAAUAGAGGUGGAGAAGCACUUCCCAAGAAAAGCAAGGCGUGUUGAGUCCUGUGCAAGGCUUUCUAGAUGUAGUUGAUGAAGAUGAGUAUGAAAAAAGAAGCUCCCCCUCCAAGGCCUCCAGCUCCAUCAUUGGGGAAGCUCAGCAAGGGCUCACCCGGGGGGAUAGCAAUCCGCUUCAAUGCUACAAACCUAGAAUCUGAUUCUGACAUUGAAGAUGAUCUCAAAGACUCAAUCCAGUUCCACCGAAGUGAGUCAAGUGGGGGAUUGACAACAUGGAAACGGAGCAAUGAUAUUACUGAUGAUAAUGGAAAUAACAAGGAGGAUAUGAUUUCCCCAUGCUCACUUCAGAAGCCUAGUUCUGUCUCUGACCUGGAGACAGUCAAGCAAAAGGACCACCAAAUACACAGACCGGGUUGGCAAUCAGAUCCCCUGGGGGCAUCACCCACAAGGACGAGGUCUCCUAAAAUGGUUCCCAAGAGACCAAAGCCUCCCUCAACAGGUAUACGGAAGAUAGCGACUGGAGUGAUAGAAGAUGAUAAAGAUGGGGAGUCCUGGUUUGAUAGCAAGGACAGUCCAGAUGAUCCUCUUACUGCCCUGAGUAAGAAGCUGGCCAGUGAAGCUGAAGAGGAUGACCUUUCUGAUUACAGUAGUGACCCCAAAAUAAAUGAUGAGGUUGCUAAGAGAAAGUGUGCAGAAGACAAUGGAAGUGUGCCUCCUGCAGAGUCGAUAAAAAUCAUGGAUGAGUAUUAUGAAGCAGAGCCGUUAGAGGAAUUUGAUGGAGGUGUUAAUCUUCCCAGGGCUGUUAUAACACGUUCUUCUGCAGGUGUGGAGGUUAGCCAGGCCAUGGCUGUAGGAGGGUCAAGUAAGGCUAAAAAAAUUGUGAGAAAAGCUGCCAGUUUGCUAAAAAAUAGACCAAAGCCGACCAUGGCACCAGGACCAUUGACUUUCAGCUCCUUAAUGGAUAAAAAAUCAAAACAGGACUCUGAAGAUACCUUUUAUGACAUUUUUGAGUCAACUCCACCAGUUGAUAGCAAAGCUUCUCCAAAAGAUUUACAGAAUAGUGCUCAAGCAGACCACCAUGAGUCGGUACCCGGUAAAAAGUUAUUUAGCUGGAUGGUCAUAGUAUUUUUGUAUUUUAUUCUUCCAUUACCCUCCUACAUCUCAGGAAUGGUCAUUGGUGCUGCCAUAAUGUAUGCCUUGAUGCGUUUCUACAAGUGGUGGAUGGAACCUCGGCAGCCAAUGGAACCCUGCGUGAUCCCCCCACUUUCUGAACUCCCCCCUCUUUUGGUACCCGAAAUGAAGGAAGGAAAAAAUGAUGGCGUGUUUAAGGGUUGGAUGAAUGAGCUUCAGUACCCCUAUGAUCCAGAAGACUACCACAUUAGCCAAACAUUCUCUAUUUACGUCCGAUUAGAAGGCUCAACCCUGCGAUUAUCUCGUCCUUUGAAGAACGUGCCAAAACGUGCCAUGUGGGAUGAACCUCACCACACUUCGAAAUUUAUACAUCAAAGAAUUUACGACUUGACCGAUUCCCGCGUCUUCCUGCUUCCCCAAGGGCUUGUCAAGAAAAGAGUAUGGAGUAAAAAAUACCCAUUGUGUAUCAAAUUAUCUAAAGCGGGGGAUGCUUUAAGCAAGCAGAUGUCCCCUCAAAGCUCAACUGAGGAUCCCUAUGACGCCAAGGGGUCAGGUUUUGAAGUUGUCACAAAAGAGGCUUGUGAUGACAGUGUGUUAUACCUGUUUGCAAGGUCAGGGAGAGAGAAAGAGGAAUGGUAUUGGAGGUUUGAUGCUGCCACCAAAGGCACACCUCUUUCAGACUAUAAACUGGAACAGUUGUUGAAAGAGGCCAAGUUUCUUCACAAACGUUCAAGUUCCUAUAGUUCACUCAAGUCCCACAAGAGGGAGGGGUCCACUGAUUCCACCAAGUCCUGGAGUUCAGAGGAGGAUGGUGAGGAGCCUCUGAGGAGGAUACUGCUAGGUUAUGCAGGGUAUAUGGGAAGAAUAAUGCCCAAAGAAGAUGAGCUUCGAAAACUUAGUGGUUCUAGUUCUAAUAAUAGUCUUGGUAUGGAGAAUGACAAAAAGCCAGCACCUGGAAGUCCAGGAAAAAAAUCAAUAGAAUUAAAUGCUCCUGGAAAACAUAUAGCUUGUGAACCUCAAGUUCUGUGGGUGAAUGCUUUGAUUGGACGGUUAUUUUGGGAUUUCUUGCGAGAGAAAUAUUGGGCAGACAAAUGUGCAGAGAAAAUUCAGAAGAAAUUGGAUAAAAUUCACGUUCCAUAUUUUAUUGAUGCUCUUGUGAUCUCUGACAUAGAGCUUGGUACUGAAAUGCCUGUGAUACGCCGGGCCAGUAAACCUUACCUGGACGAGCGGGGAUUAUGGAUAGAUUUAGACAUUGCUUACAAUGGAGACUUCAGAAUGACUUUAGAAACUAAGGUCAAUUUGAUGAAACUAAAGAAAAAGAAACACGUCAACAAGGAGGCAGAUGAGGGGAGGCAGAGAAAAAAAUCAGCUAUAACAGACGAGGAUGAAGAAGACAGUGCUGAGUCAUCCACUGAUGAAGAAGAUGAAGAAACAUUUGUAGAUCCUUCAGUUGAUCAGAGUCCCAAGCAUUCCCAGGGCCAAACUAAGGGCAGAAAGUUGCUGGCUUUCCUUGACAAGAUCACAGAGUCUAAGUAUUUCCAGCAAGCCACAGAGUACAAAUACAUCAAGAAAGCUAUGGAGGGAGUCUCUAAUACUCCCCUGAUACUCACUGUGGAACUGAAAAGUUUGGUGGGAACAUUGUCUGUAAACAUUCCACCACCACCAACUGAUAGACUGUGGUAUGGGUUCAGAACAAAUCCUCGACUUUGGCUAACUGCAAAACCUCGUGUGGGUGAGAGAGAGGUCAGUUAUACCCAUGUGACUGAAUGGAUAGAAAAGAAAUUGGCAUUAGAAUUCCAGAGAGUAUUUGUUCUUCCUAACAUGGAUGACUUGGUAAUUCCUCUUAUGGUGGCAGGAUAUAUUAGAGAUAGCAUGACUGCUCAAGCUGAGGAAAAGAAAUAAAAAAGCCCGGAGUCUUUGCAAGAUAAUUUCAGUGUGUCAUUUAUAGCAUGUUAAACAAAGCAUGUGGCUGAGAUAUUCAUAAAAUGUGUUCCUGUCUUUUUAAGUAUAGGGAGAUAAUAAUGUUUAUUAGAUUGUCUGGUUUGUUGUAAUACACUAUAAAUUCUGCUUGAAAAUGCUGAAUGAAUGAGGGCCUAGCCAUAACUGAUGUUAAAAAAAGUUGGAUGUCUGAUGUGUAAGUCAUUGUACUGUUUAAGGUAACUUGCUUUAAUGUUCAUUUACAUAAUGAUAUUUUUAUAAAAAACUCUCAUUUAUCCAAAAUAAUGAUUAGCUAUUAGUAUUUCAGAAUUGCUGCUGUUGGUGAUGUAAGUUGCUGUAUAAGUGUAAAUGCCUUUGUAUCAGCAACGAUAUGUGUUAUUUUUAAAAAUCUUAUUUACAAUAAUGCCUUUCUUCCCUAACAGGUGUAUUUUUUUGAUAAAAUGUGCACAUCUUAUUUAAAAAUAAAAUGAGCAGAUUUUGUACAAGUUUCCCAAUAGUGUUGAUGCUGCCAAUAUUGAAUGUAUGUAUUAAAUAAGAUUAAGUUGCACAUAAAAAUCUAUAUGUCUAACAUUUUAUAUACUAAGUACUGGUAGAUAAUGUAAAUUUUGUACAUUUUUAUUUUCGUACAUUCAAGCUAUUUUACCACCAGAUAAAAGAGAAGGUAAACAUUCAGUUUUAGCUUUAAUAGUGUACUUUUUUAAGAAACAGGUUAUAUUUGUAAGCUGCAUACCAGUUCACUUGUUUUAUUGAUGGCGUUUUGAAAAUUUACAAGAAUCAUAUGAGAUGUCAUCUGAAAGAGUGAAAACAAACUCCAUGGAAUGAAGGAAAAAAGAUAAUGGUGCUCUAUGCUCAGUUGUAUAUAUUUUGUAUGCUAUUCAGAUGUGAUAAAUGAUUCAAAAUAUUCUUUGCUAAAAAGUUGGACUAUAUUUUUUGCACAAACAAGUGCUUAAAUUAAUUCAGUUGUAUUUCUUUAUGUUGCAAAUAGCCUUAAUUAAAGAAGGGUAGACCUGUUGUAAUUGGCUGUUUGAUUUAUAAAUUAUUGUUUGAUUAGAAAAGAGAUUGCCUAAUUUGUCAUAAGUGAAAUUUGCAUCAUUGAUAGCCACAGUGAUUGGCUGUUAACAAAAAUACAGAAUAAGGUGGUGUUUAUGUAUUUGCAAUGGUCUAAUGCUUUAGUGGUUGUAUAUGGUCUUCCAUCUAGUUUUUCUUAUGUUUUUAAACACAUCAGAAAUUGAAAAAGAAAACAUAAAUUAUUAGUGCUUUUAGAUGAAAAAAAUCCAAAGAGGGUGUAAAAAUAUUCACCUUGAUAUAUUAAGCGUAAAGGGGUCUACAAUUAGGGAAGCGUAAUAUUCAAGAGACUGGUAUAUUUAUCAUAAUAUAUACACUCAGUCUAUAUAAGGACAAUUGAAGCAUUGGGACAAAUGGUUAUUAUGUUACAGUAAAUGUUAGCAAUGGCACAUUAUAGUAGUUGUUUUUUGAGACAUUUAAAAUGCUCUUUUAAGUGGGAAAAGCCUUUGGAAUUCUUACCUAUUUUUGUUAUAUAGUUUCAGUUAUGAUUAUUUUGCUUGAUGGGAGAAAACUUAUAGUCAAAGUUUGGAAAAUGAUGUGACAUUCCAUUCCUUGCUAGGGCAGUCAAAACUUUGACCUGGUGCCAGCCUUGUCAGUAAAAUAAUUUCUAGGGAAGUGCCUCCGUGGCCUCUGGCUUUGUCAUAUAUUUUCAUUUUUAUUUUCUUUUAAGCUUUUUGUUAACAAGGUAAAUUUCAGAUUUUUGCAAGGUCAAUAUUAUGCUUUUCAAGUUGAUAUAUUAUGGUUAUUAAUUGGUAGAAAAGCUCAGUUUAGUAUAAACUGUUUGUGCUCUCUUUAUUGUGGUAACUAUCAGUGUUUUCCUCAACAAUUUUAUUUCCAUUGUUGUUAUUGUUCAUGUUUUGUAAGAUUAUUGCAGUUUAUCAAUAAACUGUUUGAUUGAAAUAAAAU